GACCCGCUCCGGCACAUGCGGCGAGACGCCGUCGCCGCCGCGCCCACGGCGGCCGGCGCCUCGCCGCCGAUCCCCCUCCCGAUGGAUGCUCUGGUCAUCGAUAUCGAGGGGGCGCCGCCUUUACCUGCGGAGGCGGCCCCCGGGCUGGGGUGCCGGAUCUGCCACCUCGGCCCCGAGGACGACGAGUCGGCGGUGCCAGGUUCCGAGGUGAUACGUCUAGGCUGCGGCUGCAAGGACGAGCUCGGCGCCGCGCACCGGCAAUGUGCCGAGGCGUGGUUUAGGAUCAAGGGCGAUAGGCGCUGUGAAAUAUGUGGUUCAGAUGCCAAAAACAUUAUUGGGUUAGAAGUGAAAAAAUUCAUGGAGCAGUGGCAUGGCCGAAGAGUGGCACACACCCAAACUACUGAGGAGAGAGAAAGUAAUUGUUGUUGGAGACAGCAGCCCUUAUGUAAUUUCUUGUUAGCAAGCUUACUGAUUGUUUUCAUGCUGCCCUGGUUUCUCCGUGUAAAUUUGUUUUGAUUUUGAUGCCACUAUUGGGCCAUGUGGAUACACAGCUUGUUAGCUCGGCAACCAUCCUAAGGAUGGAUUGUGUAGAUAUCCAUAGGCACAACCACAGCACAGCUCCUGAAAUAUAUAUUUUUAUAGAAAUUCUCUUUUGAUAUGCUUACGUUUU